AUGCCGUCCGGUAACUUGAACAAUGGUGGCAGUCGACUUAGCUGGCAGGACCAGCUGCGUGAAUAUUGUCUGCGUACAAAACUACAACCGCCUGUCUUCAGCAUCGUCUCCGAUCGUCGAGGGGGUCGCACAGCAUGGUCCAGCACUGUCACCGUCCAAGGCCAAAAUAUCGCAGCUCGCUACUGGUAUGAUGGCCAAUACAUCAACAACGCCAAGGAGGAUGCCGCAGAGGUAGCUCUCAUGCGGCUGAAUCACCAGCCUCGCUCUCACAGCGUCUAUCAGGGGCAAUUGUUCCCGCAGACUAACGGGUACGGUCGAUCCACGGAUUACUAG